GUGCAUUUCUCUCUAUUGCCAACCCCAACCGCACAAAGACUUGCAUGAUCAGCCACGGGCACAGAAGAGUUGUAAAUGAAAAUUUCCUUCGCUGAGAGGGCCAUCAUCACCUUAUUUGCGCUGAAAUUCAUUGCAGCUAGAACAUCCGUUCGUCCUCUACUAGUAAUUCUCUGUGUGUAACAAAAGGAAAGAACAUCAAAAUGGCUACAACUCAGUUCUCUUCGUCUUCGUCCUCCUGUACCAAAGCUCCUUUGAGGGCAAGGAGCCAACAACAGGCUCAGCUGCCGCCUCCAUGUCUUCAAUUAAGCCUGUACAUAUUAAUACAUCUUCAUCUUUGGACGCUGCAUCCUUGAUGAAAUGUAUAAACGUAAAUGGAGGAGUUGUAUCCACCUAAGGGAACAAAAGGACUCCCCCAUAUUUUUCAAGGAUGCACUUGAAAGAUGAAUUACGAACAGCUCUAAUUGAACAUGAAGCGGAUGCGGUAAACAUGAAGACCGCAGACUACUACCAAACCGAAACCCAGAGAAGCCUGCGCCGCACCUUACAAACGCUCAAAGCCACGGAUGAAGUCGCCACUAAGGCUUGCUUCAAGUUGGAUGGGCAGACGGAGCAAAUUCAGCGCACCCAAAAUGCUGCGGAAGAGACGGGAGCCAAUCUGGACCAAAGUGAGAAACUGCUCAAGUCGAUGUCCUCGUUCUUCCGGAAGGCAAAAGGAGUUUUUUCAAAAGAGAGGAUUAAGGAGAAGGUGAGAAAGUUGAAGGCGUUAGGGAUAGGGAACAACAACGAUGGCGAAGAAGGUGGCGAACUCGAAGAAAAGAGGGAUGCUAAGGAACAAGAAUGCUUGCUUGAUCAAGAACAGCACGAAAAGAAGGAUAAGAAGGCAACAUUAGUCGACGGCUUUUCGAGUGUAGGACUUGUAGAUGUGAAUACGUUUACAAGCAUAAUAGGAAAGAAGGAUUAUAGAAGACAGCACGAGCACGGUGGACACCAAAAUAAAGAAAAAGGAGGUGACAGCACGUGUACUACAUCUGUCUCAUUUUCUUCGUCAAUUUCAAUAAUAGAUCCACUUCCACCAUCAAGAAUUUGUACGUUUGCUCAAGAACAAGACGAUUUGAAGGCCGUGGAAGGCUUAGUAGGAAAUUUGCGCGAGAAAUCGCAAGCAAUAGGAACUACACUCUCUAGGCACAAUGAAAUGCUAGACAAAUUAAACAACACGACGGAUCGCAACAUAAAAAAGCUGGAACGUAAUAAGACAAGAAUGAAACAAGUCUUGAAAUAA